AUGAACACAACCGAGGCCACCAGCAAAGACUAUUACGAUGACUAUUAUGGCCACAUGAACAGCCCCUGUAGCACUGGCACCAGUCUAACCCGAGGGACCAACUACCAGCCCAUUCUCUUCUACCUGGUGUUCACCCUGGGUCUGACAGGCAACAGUCUGGUGCUCUGGGUCCUCCUCAAGUACAUGAAACUGAAGACCAUGACAGACAUCUGUCUGCUGAACCUAGCCCUAUCUGACCUGCUCCUCGCCCUCUCUCUGCCUCUCUGGGCCUACAACGCCCAGGGUCAUGAGUUUGAAGGGGACAGUCCGUGUAAGAUCAUGGCUGGUGUCUACCAGGUGGGCUUCUACAGCAGCAUCCUGUUUGUGACCCUGAUGAGUGUGGAUCGCUACCUGGCCAUUGUUCACGCCGUGGCCGCCAUGAGGGCCAGGACGCUGCGUUAUGGAGCGCUGGCGUGCGUCAUCGUCUGGGUAGCGUCCAUUGCCGCUGCUCUCCCUGAGGUCAUCUUCGCAGCGAUGGUGAAGGAGAAUGACGAGGAGAGUGGUUCAAGUUGCCAGCGGAUUUACCCAGAGGACACAGAGAAGACAUGGAAGUUGUUCCGGAACUUUGGUGAAAACGGAGUGGGACUCAUCCUAUGUCUGCCCAUAAUGGUAUUUUGUUACAUCAGUAUUCUCACUGUACUACAGAGGUUAAGGAACUCCAAAAAAGACAGGGCCAUGAAACUGAUAUUCGCCAUUGUGGUUGUGUUUAUAGUCUCCUGGGUCCCUUACAAUGUUGUGGUUUUCCUCCGGACCCUUCAGAUGUUUGACAUUGGGAAUAGCUGUGAGGUUUCAACACAGGUUGAUACAGCUAUGGAGGUGACAGAGACCAUAGCGCUGGCUCACUGCUGUGUCAACCCAGUCAUCUACGCUUUUGUAGGAGAGAAAUUCAGAAAGUGUUUGGGCACUGUGCUCUCUAGAUAUCCAUUGUGUAAAAAGCUCAGCAAACAUGCAAUGGGGAGCAGCAGAGCUUCAGAAAACGAGACUUCUAACACACCUGUGUGAUUCUACUGCUGAAAGACGAUACUUCCACUGCUGAAAACCUGUUUGAUGCAUUUUCACUGACAAAAACACUUCAGUUGGAAAGCAGCAGGUCGAGCAGAAGACCAAUUUCUGUGUCGUUUGGAAUAAUGAAGUAUUCGUCUUCGUCUUCUGAACACAAACCUGCAUAUAAAUUAAGUGUAACUGUAUAAUAUUUAACUGUAAAUGUAUUUUGAUGAGCUCUGACUAUUUGCUCGAGCGUGAUGGGCUGUUUAUGUUUUGAUUACCCAUGUACUUAUUUCAUGUACAGUAUAGGCCAGCACACAUUUUUGAUAUAGCAUAAUAUUAAUAUGUUUUGCAUAGAGAUUACAGUGGGGGAAAAAAGUAUUUAGUCAGCCACCAAUUGUGCAAGUUCUCCCACUUAAAAAGAUGAGAGAGGCCUGUAAUUUUCAUCAUAGGUACACGUCAACUAUGACAGACAAAUUGAGAAAAGAAAAUCCAGAAAAUCACAUUGUAGGAUUUUUAAUGAAUUUAUUUGCAAAUUAUGGUGGAAAAUAAGUAUUUGGUCACCUACAAACAAGCAAGAUUUCUGGCUCUCACAGACCUAUAACUUCUUCUUUAAGAGGCUCCUCUGUCCUCCACUCCUUACCUGUAUUAAUGGCACCUGUUUGAUCUUGUUAUCAGUAUAAAAGACACCUGUCCACAACCUCAAACAGUCACACUCCAAACUCCACUAUGGCCAAGACCAAAGAGCUGUCAAAGGACACCAGAAACAAAAUUGAAGACCUGCACCAGGCUGGGAAGACUGAAUCUGCAAUAGGUAAGCAGCUUGGUUUGAAUAAAUCAACUGUGGGAGCAAUUAUUAGGAAAUGGAAGACAUACAAGACCACUGAUAAUCUCCCUUGAUCUGGGGCUCCACGCAAGAUCUCACCCCGUGGGGUCAAAAUUAUCACAAAAACGGUGAGCAAAAAUCCCAGAACCACACGGGGGGACCUAGUGAAUGACCUGCAGAGAACUGGGACCAAAGUAACAAAGCCUACCAUAAGUAACACACUACGCCGCCAGGGACUCAAAUCCUGCAGUGCCAGACGUGUCCCCCUGCUUAAGCAGGCCCGUCUGAAGUUUGCUUGAGUGCAUUUGGAUGAUCCAGAAGAGGAUUGGGAGAAUGUCAUAUGGUCAGAUGAAACCAAAAUAAAACUUUUUGGUAAAAACUAAACUCGUCGUGUUUGGAGGACAAAGAAUGCUGAGUUGCAUCCAAAGAACACCGAGAACCUGUUUGAUGCAUUUUCACUGACAAAAACACUUCAGUUGGAAAGCAGCAGGUCGAGCAGAAGACCAAUUUCUGUGUCGUUUGGAAUAAUGAAGUAUUCGUCUUCGUCUUCUGAACACAAACCUGCAUAUAAAUUAAGUGUAACUGUAUAAUAUUUAACUGUAAAUGUAUUUUGAUGAGCUCUGACUAUUUGCUCGAGCGUGAUGGGCUGUUUAUGUUUUGAUUACCCAUGUACUUAUUUCAUGUACAGUAUAGGCCAGCACACAUUUUUGAUAUAGCAUAAUAUUAAUAUGUUUUGCAUAGAGAUUACAGUGGGGGAAAAAAGUAUUUAGUCAGCCACCAAUUGUGCAAGUUCUCCCACUUAAAAAGAUGAGAGAGGCCUGUAAUUUUCAUCAUAGGUACACGUCAACUAUGACAGACAAAAUCAGAUUUUUUUUCUCCAGAAAAUCACAUUGUAGGAUUUUUAAUGAAUUUAUUUGCAAAUUAUGGUGGAAAAUAAGUAUUUGGUCAAUAACAAAAGUUUCUCAGUACUUUGUUAUAUACCCUUUUUUGGCAAUGACACAGGUCAAACGUUUUCUGUAAGUCUUCACAAGGUUUUCACACACUGUUGCUGGUAUUUUGGCCCAUUCCUCCAUGCAGAUCUCCUCUAGAGCAGUGAUGUUUUGGGGCUGUCGCUGGGCAACAUGGACUUUCAACUCCCUCCAAAGAUUUUCUAUGGGGUUGAGACCUGGAGACUGGCUAGGCCACUCCAGGACCUUGAAAUGCUUCUUACGAAGCCACUCCUUCGUUGCCCGGGCGGUGUGUUUGGGAUCAUUGUCAUGCUGAAAGACCCAGCCACGUUUCAUCUUCAAUGCCCUUGCUGAUGGAAGGAGGUUUUCACUCAAAAUCUCACGAUACAUGGCCCCAUUCAUUCUUUCCUUUACAAGGAUCAGUCGUCCUGGUCCCUUUGCAGAAAAACAGCCCCAAAGCAUGAUGUUUCCACCCCCAUGCUUCACAGUAGGUAGUGUGUUCUUUGGAUGCAACUCAGCAUUCUUUGUCCUCCAAACACGACGAGUUAAGUUUUUACCAAAAAGUUAUAUUUUGGUUUCAUCUGACCAUAUGACAUUCUCCCAAUCCUCUUCUGGAUCAUCCAAAUGCACUCUAGCAAACUUCAGACGGGCCUGCUUAAGCAGGGGGACACGUCUGGCACUGCAGGAUUUGAGUCCCUGGCGGCGUAGUGUGUUACUGAUGGUAGGCUUUGUUACUUUGGUCCCAGCUCUCUGCAGGUCAUUCACUAGGUCCCCCCGUGUGGUUCUGGGAUUUUUGCUCACCGUUCUUGUGAUAAUUUUGACCCCACGGGGUGAGAUCUUGCGUGGAGCCCCAGAUCGAGGGAGAUUAUCAGUGGUCUUGUAUGUCUUCCAUUUCCUAAUAAUUGCUCCCACAGUUGAUUUAUUCAAACCAAGCUGCUUACCUAUUGCAGAUUCAGUCUUCCCAGCCUGGUGCAGGUCUUCAAUUUUGUUUCUGGUGUCCUUUGACAGCUCUUUGGUCUUGCCCAUAGUGGAGUUUGGAGUGUGACUGUUUGAGGUUGUGGACAGGUGUCUUUUAUACUGAUAACAAGUUCAAACAGGUGCCAUUAAUACAGGUAACGAGUGGAGGACAGAGGAGCCUCUUAAAGAAGAAGUUACAGGUCUGUGAGAGCCAGAAAUCUUGCUUGUUUGUAGGUGACCAAAUACUUAUUUUCCACCAUAAUUUGCAAAUACAUUCAUAAAAAAUCCUACAAUGUGAUUUUCUGGAUUUUCUUUUCUCAAUUUGUCUGUCAUAGUUGACGUGUACCUAUGAUGAAAAUUACAGGCCUCUCUCAUCUUUUUAAGUGGGAGAACUUGCAAAAUUGGUGGCUGACUAAAUACUUUUUUCCCCCACUGUAUCUCAACUUUUAUUCUUAUUGUAUGCACACAUUUUUGUUAUAACAUUAAAGUACAACCAGGGGCAGUGUUGUGGCCAGAGGACUGCUGCUGGAUAGCCAGUGGUUAUCUGGCUACUCAUUGGCUACAUUUGCAGGCCAAAUAUUAUUUUGGUUGAAUUUUGACCCUCCUUUGGAUGAGGACCUGUUUUGGUAUUAACUUGAACCUGGACAUCCAGUCCGGAAUUUGACCUUUCUGGGGGGUUUUCUCAAUAAAUAAGCCUGAGAAUUAUGUUGUGCUCAAACAUAUUUGCUCUGCAUUGUGUUUUCAUUUUAUGAUGCUGCUGUACACCCCUACACUCCAGCCUGCUCCACAAUACAUUUUAUUCAGUUGAAGAUGCUAAAUUCAAAGAUGAGACAGACAACAAUCCUGCUUAAUCUGUCAAUAGGUUCAAAUCUUCUUUACAGUAGUUUUACUUAGAACUUGUUUCACCCAGAAAACUCACACAUCAAUCUAGUCAACAUAGAAUGUAUUUCAAUUGUUCUAAGACAGGAAUUAUAUCAGCAGUCACCAUAUUUUCAAAAUGGAAGCUAGCAAUGAUGCUAGAACCAACACAAAAUUAUUUCAAAGUGUUCAGCUAACCGCUUCUCAGUAAAGUUAGUUGCCUAAGCAACACUAUGAGUAUGCAUCAUCCACAGGAUAUCCUGCUUUGUGGUGAACAUGUCUGCAGUGCAGAUCAAGCCGUUGGGAAUAGUGACACUGUUCAAAUAAGAUAAUACAUUAUUGAUCUCUAAAAAGGGUCCACAGUGUUCAAUAAACUAAACCUGCAACAUGGAUUCCUCCAGGUUCCUGUAGUGAACAUUGCAUUCAUGAUGCAAAGGGGAUGUGCAGGUACAAAUGCAUGCCAUUUGGACUUAAAUCUGCACCCAUUUAUGCAGUAUGGUUUGGCCACAUAUACCCCUGCCCCACCCCCCACCCCUGCCAAAGACCUCUGAUGGAGAAAAAAAACCUGCAGACAUAGGAUCCCUGCAGCUCCCAGAACUACUGUCAUUAGUGUAUAACCUCCAAAGAGAGAACUCAACCCAGUUUGACAGUGAGUAUAUGGUGCUUACUAUAUGUGAGGGUUGGUUUCAGGAUGCUUUGCAAAAGUUACUUUGUGCAUAGUGUUGUACAGUAUGUUGAAUUUCCCACAUAGUGUCUCUGCAGGCUUCAGCUUUAUGCCAUUCAAGUAAUUUUUUCACGUUAUUUUUGUAACUUCAUUUUAUUAGCAACUUUCAUUAAAUUAUUUGCAGUCCUGUAAUUAGCAAUGAAUAAAAAAAAAACAUUUCUGUGGUCAUUUUUUACAUUUUAUUUCAGGGAUGAAUAUCACUGGAUAUCCUGUUCACACCAUGGCAAGGUGGAACUUUAUAUUUUAUAUUUUACAAAUAGCUCUAUUUGAAAAUUAAUAGUAUAAUCAAUUAAUACAUUUAUCAUAAUAACUUAUAAUAAUUACAUAAUUGCUGUAAAUAAUGUAAUGUCAUAUGUUAUACUGUAUAAAAUGGGCCAUUGAUACGUUCGCCUGUAAUAGAGAAGCUCAAAUCAUUGGUAAUGAAUUCUAGGGGGAACACCACAACCAUUACCUUCAGCGCUGUGAGUGUUAAGAAUGGGAAUUCAUCCUGUUGUACAUUUGAUAAUUAAUCCAGUUACUCAUUUGAGAACUCAUCCAGUUAUGCAUAUGGGUAAGUUAAGGUCUAGAUAGAAUGUCUUGACUUUAAGAAACACACAUUUUGAGGAAAGAGUGCAAUUGGUGUUACAGAAUUUCUGCCCAAUCUUCCAAUCAUGUUUUAAAAAAUGAAAUGUUGCUCAUAGAAAUAAAGUACUAUUUGCAUUUACUCCAUUGUACUGUAUAUAUUGUUGUUGGUGGACCACAUUCUGAUAAUAAGCACAUCUUUCAAACAGUGGCUUUAAGAAUGUGCAUUCUUAUCAUUGCUGCUUGGUUAAUUCUCCUCUUCUGAUCUUUUACAGCACACAUUUUGCAGACGCAUCUGAAGUAACCACAUAUGACUAUGGUGACUUCAAUAACUAUGACGAUGGCCCUUGCAAGUACAAGGCACACGGAGCCAGCUUCCUGCCAGUGCUCUUCUUCAUCCUGGGGUUUCUGGGGAACGCUCUGGUCCUGUGGGUCAUCCUGCUGGGGGUGAGACUACGCAGCAUGACCGACGUGUGUCUCCUGAACCUGGCCUUGGCUGACCUGCUCCUGGUCUGCUCCUUGCCUUUCCUGGCCCACCACGCUAGAGACCAGUGGGUGUUUGGUGACGUCAUGUGCAAAGUGGUCCUCAGUGCCUACCACAUUGGCUUCUACAGUGGCAUCUUCUUCAUCACCCUGAUGAGUGUGGACAGGUACCUGGCCAUAGUCCAUGCAGUGUACGCCAUGAGAGCCAGAACACGGAAGUACGGGGCCAUCGCUGCCGUCGUGACCUGGCUGGCUGGAUUCCUGGCCUCGUUUCCUGAGGCACUGUUUCUUAAAGUGGAGAAACACAACGAGAAAGAAAACUGUCACCUCGUCUAUGAUGGACACGCUUGGGGAAUUUUUUGCCUUUUCAAAAUGAACACACUUGGUCUGCUAAUCCCCCUCGUCAUCAUGGGGUUCUGCUACACACAGAUAGUGAGAAAGCUUCUCAGUGCUCCAUCAUCCAAAAAGCAGGCCAUCAGACUCGUUCUCAUUGUGGUUGUGGUGUUUUUCUGCUGCUGGACUCCAUACAACAUGGCAUCAUUUGUCAAGGCCUUGGAGCUAAGUAA